CUGACUCUUUGUACUUUCCCCGCCGCCGUCCCGUGAAGAUGUAGUUGAACCCGCCACACCCGUGCGUCCUUUGUCGCAGGAUCUCGUGAGUUUUCGACCCUCCUAAAAGAAAAGUUCGCUGGAAGCUUCAGGCGCAUCGGAGCACAGGCUGAACACGUUCACUCGCCGGCUUGCGACCGGGACGAUUUUAUCUGUUUCUGGGUCCAGAUUGUCUUCGGGUUCCCGAGUAGAUUGGUAAUUCUUUUAUCUCAAUUGAAAGAGCAUUGUUGCAUAGGAAACAAUCAUUGAGCUGGAUUGGAGCUUAAUUUGGUAGAUAAUGGGUUGUGGUCCCUCCAAGCGCGCCAAGGAAAGUGCCACACCUGAAGCCAAACCAUCAAGUGCAUCAGCCGAACAUAUUGCCCUUGCUUCCGAAACACCUUUUACUGUAAGUGAAGUGGAAUCUUUGGAUGAGCUAUUCAACAAGCUAAGCACUUCUGUGAUCAAGGAUGCGCUAAUACACAAGGAAGAACUUCAGCUUGCACUUUUUCAAAAUAGCAAGAAGAAUAACCUUUUUCUGGAUAGGAUGUUUGAUCUCUUUGAUAUCAACCGAAAUGGACACAUUGAAUUUGAGGAAUUUGUUCGAUCAUUGGCAGUUUUCCACCCAAAAACUCCUGAUGCAGUCAAAGCUUCAUAUGCUUUUAAAUUGUAUGAUCUAAGGCAGACUGGUUACAUCGAACGGCUGGAGUUGAAGGAAAUGGUGCUGGCCCUCUUGAGUGAAUCUGAGCUGAAUUUAUCAGAAGAUAUUGUAGAAAUGAUUGUGGACAAGACAUUUGCAGAAGUAGACGCAAAAGGCGAAGGAAGAAUUGAUGAAGAAGAGUGGAAAGAUUAUGUGGCAAAGAACCCCUUGAUGCUGAAGAACAUGACUCUUCCGUAUCUGAUGGACAUAACCGCAUCAUUUCCCAGCUUUGUGUUGAAAGGUGAAGCACAUGACUAGAGUCGUAGGCUACAGUGACUCUUUACCUCCAAGUGCAUGACUUCUUUUUUGAGAAAAAGCCUACUUUCUAUUUUCCAGAAGAUGCUGAAAAUGUGGAGAGGGAUGAAUCCUGCAUGUUCUUCGACCCAUCAUUCAGGAGCUAGUUCUCACAAUUCAAAACCUUAAUUAGUAGGGGUGUGCAACUGGACUGGUUCUCCCCAGGAACCAGACCGGACCGCCCAAAAAACAGGUCCAGGAACCAGAUCUUGGUUCCAAAUUUUUGGAACUGGUGGCAACCGGUCCGGUUCCCGGUUCCAAGUGAAGACCCACCUGGGAAUUGACCGGUUUUGGAACCGUUUUUUAGCUACAGUAAAAGACCUAGUUUCUCUAAAAUUCAAAUUUCAGCCUCCUCUGUUUCUUGUGUCACCUCUCUCUCUCUCUCUCACGCAGCAAGCCAGCAAAUUUAGCUCCGCAUCUCUCUUUCUUUUGUGGCUUGCUGCCGUUGAUGUAGGUAAUGCACCUCUGUACAUUGUUCUGCUCUAGUCAAAGUCCAAUGUGAAAUGUAGUUUUCUUUGUUAAUAUGCGUGCUCGAUCUGAUUGAGACUACUUCAUUUAUUUUGAACAUCCUGAGUUGAUUUAAGAUGGAUUUGUAUCAAGCGUGGAUUUGUUAAUAUGUUUCCUCAUCUUUUAGCCAAAGGCAUAUAACCUGUUCUAUA